AUGACAAAUUCGAAAAACAUUCCCCUCGCAACCCAUCUUCAACGCUGGAUGCUGGUCGAUCGGAUCACCGUCGCGGGGCCGGAGAUGUAUCAAGUGCAAAAAUGUCUGGGUCUGGAAAAGUGUAGACUUGUCAUGCAGAUUUUCGCUGACCCAUGAGGUCUGGAAUGUGGGACUUAGCAUGACAGACUCGGCGAGGUCUCUGCCAUGCCUAUACUGCAUGAGAAGCUCCAUCCUAACUUGGUCAAAAGUGGACAGCUUUUGGUAGUCAUGCAACACAGUUUUUUACAUGAUUCAGAUUUACCAUGACAAGUUGCAAUCUUCUAGACCCAGACAUUGUAGCAGUUGAUAAGAUGGUUCCGGUAACGAAGAAAUUCCAGCUGACCAGCCGGGUGAUGGGCAGUCUGUCGAUUUUAGGGUUUGGGUUCAGCGUGAAAAACCGGAUCAGGCUGCUCCCGAAAGCGUUACUGCAAGAAAUAGCUGCAACUACUGGGACGAACAAUAAAGACGUGAGUGGGGCGAGUGUUCAGACCAGCACCGC